UGCUGUCUUACAUGCAUGUAUAGGGUGGUCGAAUAACCUUCAGCGGGCAGGUUCAGAACUACGUACAGGCAGUAAAUCAGAUAGUGGAGAUGUUAGGAGACGAAGACAGUGCUGCAAAUUAUCUAAGUAAAUGUAUAUUUCAAGUAGGAAUGGGAAGCAAUGACUAUUUAAAUAACUACUUCAUGCCCGCCGUCUACUCCACCGGCCGCCAGUACACGCCGGAGCAGUACGCCGACGCCUUAAUCCAGCAGUAUUCCCAGCAAAUAAGGACACUCUACAACUACGGCGCAAGAAAGGUGGUGAUCGUCGGAGUUGGUCAGGUAGGCUGCAGCCCAAGCGAGCUCGCUCAAUUGAGCUCCGACGGCUUCACGUGCAUCGACCGGAUCGACAGCGCCAUCCAAUUAUUCAACAGAAGGCUCAUACAGCUGGUGAAUCAGUUCAAUCGAUUGGAUGGUGCUCAUUUCACUUUCAUUAAUGCUUUCAAUAUUUUUCAGGACAUCAUCACAAAUCCAGCUUCUUAUGGGUUGAGGGUGACAAAUAGAGGGUGCUGUGGAGUAGGGAGGAAUAACGGUCAGAUAACCUGUCUGCCUUAUCAGACUCCAUGCCCGAACAGAGCAGAGUAUUUGUUCUGGGAUGCAUUCCAUCCCACUGAGGCAGGGAAUAUAAUUAUAGGGAGGAGGUCUUAUAGUGCUCAGUCUUCUUCAGAUGCUUAUCCAAUGGAUAUUCGCCACCUGGCUCAAAUUUAAUUUAGAUUUUAUUAAGAAUAAAUUAUAUUUGUUAUAGUUGUUUUUAUAGUAAUAAUACUUAUGGAAUUGUAUUUUCUGUUGAAUUUUUUGCUUGGAUUAGGGUUUUGAUUAGUUUUAU